AUGGAUAGGGUACAAACAAAUUUAGUGUGUCACUAUUUUCUGCUACUUGUUUUCGUUUCUCAUGUGAAAACAAGUGAACCUUUCGACGAGAUUGAUAUACUUCCGGAAUCUGAUAAAUAUGACGACACAUCUGCAAUUGGCACUGCUGUUCAAACAUACAGAAAUCCGAGAAUGUAUCGACGCGGUUACCAGGAGGAUCAUGGAUCAAUGUAUCAGAAUAACCAGGAUAACCAUGAUAACCAUCAUGACGAUGAUCAUCAUGCAAUGAAAGAGGAAGAAUCCGAUAUGAAAUCUAUGAGAGCGAAAGUCGAUUAUUGGAGUGGUUAUUAUGAUUUUUUGAUAAACGAAGGAAGUUACAAAUUUUGGGCUGUAUUUCAACUUGCCACCGCAGCUCUCCUCAUCUACAGUGGUUUCGCGGCGCUUUAUUACGCCAAGGUUAAUCCUCCAACAAUAGACGAUGAAUUCGACGAUAUUUUACGUCGACGACGAAGACGAAGAGCAUUGUCCAUCUUUCCACGAGAUAAAUCAUUUUGCGGUUUGGACAGUGCUACAUAUCAAAGGAUAAUCGACGCGAUUGCUAGAAAAAUUCAUUGA